AUGGGAGGUUCUGCCUUCGCAUCUGGGGAUGACCCUCUGGACACACCACGAAUGCCCGCCGCAGUGUACGAACGAGCCAAGGCCGAAUGUUUCGCUGCACUGCGGGAGCUGUACCUCUGUGUGGCUAGCCCUAUUGAAGGACCCGAGAAGCAAGACUAUGGAGACAUUGACAUCCUAGUCGCCUGGGAGAGAGCACCCUUCAUCGGGAAUUGCGGUGGGAAGAGAGCACCAAAGUCAACUCCUAGACGACAAGAAGAACGGGAAGAUGACGAAGCGUGGUUCGAGAUGGCCAACGACUAUGGCGAGGGACAGGAAAGAACACCGGGCCAUUCAAUCUUGUCUAAGGACGAGGCACGCAAGGCCAUCUUUGCCGCCCUCGGUGCCAAGCGCGCCAUCUACAAUUCCGGGGGCGACAACUAUGCCAUCCCAUGGCCGGUAACAGAUAAGGAGAUGGAUGCAGAUGAACCCAAGCGGUUUAUCCAAGUCGACGUAACCAUCUGCAGUUCACUUCAGCAAGUACAAUGGCUUCUAUUCAAGCACGCCCACGGCGAUCUUUGGAUCAUCAUGCAGACCAUCAUUCAACCACGCGGGUUGACUGUGGACGACUACUCCAUGUCACUGCGGAACAACGAUAUUGAAAGAUACGAGAGAUACAGUAAGAAGUGGUCCAAGGUGCAUGUCUCGAGGGACCCUGCCGAGGUACUCGUCUUUUUGGGCCUUAAUGUGGAGAGGUUCUCGGAGCCCUUUGCGACUCGAAACGAGAUGUACGAGUACAUUGCAUCCUGCCGGUUCUUCUGCAUCGAGACCAAUCACGGCCGACACAACUACCCCGACCCAACGAACCCGGCAAUGAUCAUGGAGCUUGUGGAGUCAGAGGGCAAGGGUAACAACAUCAUGGACACUGGCACCGCGGGAGAGCCCGCGACGAAGAAGCUCAAGAGUAGGAACAAGAUAAAACGGCCCGCCUUCCGCCAAUAUUUUGACGAAUUCCUCCCACGCUGCCGAGCAGAGGGACGGUACGCGGGACGACCGGAUCUAUACUACUGGGACGUUCACCAACAAGCCUUUGCCAUUUGGGGCAACUUUCAACCCAUGAUGUCGCGCCAAUGCAUGCGGCUCAUCAUAAGCCUCGGGGAGGACAGGGUUCGGGCAAAGAUCAAGGAAGUCUGCCAAAGAUUGGUCCCUGGCACAGAUGCUAAGGACAACCAGUACCGCGGCUUGCUGAACAAGGCGUUUAAGAAGAUCAUCAUAGACGGUGACCUGUCAUAUGGCGUCAAGCCAGAGGAGAACGAGGAAUUCAGGGACGGCAUGGGUCAGAUGAUUAAGGUCCAGCCCGAGAAGUUCAUUCUCAAGCAUCACGAGGAGGUUGGGAAGGCGGCUGUAGCUGAGCACGAGCGGAAGUUUGAGGAGCAUAAACGGUUGAAGGAGGAGCAGAAGACCAACAGCAUUCUCUGA